GGGAGGGAGAGCGAGGGGAGGGGUAGCAGGAAGCGGGCUGAGAAGAAAGCAAAGCGCGAGGAAGGGAGACGCACACACUCAAGCCUGUCACUCGCAAGUGGAGAAGUGCCGUCUCGUGCUCGCUCUCUCUCGCUUUCUCUGGCUGGCGAAAGAAGGAUAUUUUCACCCGGAGCUUUAGAACAAAAGCAUCGUUAAAUCGGAGCAGGUGCUAUAUUCACAACCAGCGGAUUUUCCCCCAACACCAACUGGAUUUUCUAUGAACAAAUGAAGCACACCUGUGACACUUGGAUAAGUUUUGAAAACGUCAGACAAAGAGCCAUAACAACGGACUGGAAACUUAACGGUAAAGUUUUUCUUACCACCAACAAAGGGGGGAAAGUUUUGUGUGUUUUCACUUAUCCCUUACAGUUGUUAUUGUCGUCUACAAGUGGAUUGCCUACUCAACAAGUGGAUAUUUAAUUUACUCAGCUCUGCUGCUGUGGAUAUUCAGCGGGAGGAUUGAGGACGGACAGGCUCUCGUGAUUUACGGAGUGUCUUUUGAGUGAGUAGACUUCUGAUUCCUCAGAGCGCUGGGGCGUCUGGUGGGGGUGCCUAGACGCAGCCGGGCUGAUCCGAGUGGGGAGGGGGAGAGAAGCAGACGCCGCUGGAGCCAGAGGCUGCAAUCUCUCUCCCAAAAGUUAAGCGUUCACUAUGAUGCGCUAAAAGCAACUCCUCUAGUCCCCAGACACAAGAUAGUCUGCACAAAAUACUCACCCCUUGUUGCAGCUUUAGACUAUCUGCCUAAAAGCCCCAAUAGCACUGUGUCAGGCAACAGUUUUUUUUCUUGCAUGUAUUCAACUAACAGAGGAAACUAACAGGCCCCUCUAAGAGAAAAUAUUAAAAGGAGAACUCAUGAAAGACACUCCUUUGUGUCACUGUUUGGCAGGCAAGAUUUCCUCCCAAGUCUUUUGAAGGCACCCCCUCUGUCCGUUGUCACUUUUGUGCUCAAUUGACCAUUCAUGGUGGACGCCGAGGGGUCGAGGGAAAUCCUUUCAUUGUGUAUAGCUGUUACAUAACAGAACACCCCCCACCACCCCCGCCAACCCCCAUUUCCUCAAAAGAUGUACAAUAGCACCCCACUGAUGGAGGCCCUCACCCAGGCAUGGGCGUACGGCAAUGAGAGCAGCAGUCAUAGUCACAGCGAAAGCAGCAAUGCAUCAUGGUCCUUCGCAUCAGCAGCAGCAGCGGCGGCGGCAUCAGCAUCAUGGGAACCAUGGGGGAACACCACCAUCGCCGCCACGUCGUCGUCCCCAUCCGCCCCGUGCCCCAAGAACGACAGCUUCAAGUACCCACUGUACAGCACCGUAUUCAGCAUCGUCUUUGUGGUGGGCCUCAUCACCAACGUGGUUGCCAUGUACAUCUUCCUGUGCACGCUCAAGCUGCGCAACGAGACCACCACAUACAUGAUGAACCUGGUGGUGUCGGACUUGCUGUUCGUGCUCACCUUGCCCAUGCGGGUGUUCUACUUCAUCCAGAGGGACUGGCCGUUCGGCGGCACGCUGUGCCAGCUGUCGGUGUCGCUGUUCUACACCAACAUGUACGGCAGCAUCCUCUUCCUCACCUGCAUCAGCGUGGACCGCUUCCUGGCCAUCGUCUACCCGUUCCGCUCGCGCCCGCUGCGGACCAAGCGCAACGCGCGCAUCGUGUGCGCGGGCGUCUGGGUGCUGGUGUUGGCGGGGAGCCUGCCCACGGGCUUCCUGCUGGACCCCACGCCGCGCAGAACUAACAUCAGCAGCGGCAGUGCCGAGCAAGUCGUCGGGCAGUACUGCUUUGAGAACUUCUCGUCCAAACAGUGGAAGUCGCACCUGUCCAAGGUGGUGAUCUUCAUCGAGACGGUGGGGUUUCUCAUCCCGCUCAUGCUCAACGUCUUCUGCUCCGUCAUGGUGCUGCGGACGCUCCGCAAGCCCCGGGCGCUCGGGCGGGACACCAAGCUCAACAAGACCAAGAUCCUGCGCAUGAUCAUCGUGCACCUGUGCAUCUUCUGCUUCUGCUUCAUCCCCUACAACGUCAACCUGGUCUUCUACUCGCUGGUGCGCACCAAGACGCUGAAGGGCUGCCAGGUGGAGUCGGUGGUGAGGACCAUCUACCCCAUCGCGCUCUGCAUCUCCGUCUCCAAUUGCUGCUUCGACCCCAUCGUCUAUUACUUCACCUCAGAGACCAUUCAGAACUCCAUCAAGCGCAAGUCGCAGGUCAACCGGGCCUAUGACGUCAAGUUCUCCGAGGCGCUGCAGUCCGAAAGCUCGGCGAGCACCAGCCUGAGGUUCAAUCUGCAGACGCUCAAGGCCAAGGUCUUCAACAAUGAGUCCACUGUUUGAUGCACGAGGGUUUUUUUGUAUUUGAGUGUGUGUGUGUUUUUGUGAGGGCUAUGACUUUCUGGUCUCUGGUGGAGAGCAACAGGUGCUGUGCUGUGGCUGUUGUUGCUGGUUGAGUGUUUAGUGGGACCAGAGGGCUGGGACAGAAAGCGAAAGAGAAAGAGAAAGACAUGUCGAACAGGUGCUGGAGAGUGCGGAUAAUGUGGUCAGACAGACCAGGGAAGUCUGGCGAAGGGGUCUCUGGACGGAUAAACAAAGAAACCACUUCAUGAUGCACCGUCUCUUGUUCCGGGAUAUACUCUAUGUGUCAUGAUUCUCCCUCAUCCCAAUGGAAUACCGUUUUUUGGGGGGGUGUUGAGUGGACUGAAAGGAAUGCUUGUUCUCCUUUCAAUUGGAACUUCAAAACAAAUUGAACACUGGUGACUGUAUGUAAAAAUAUGCAUAUAUGUGUAUAUAACAAAUAUAUAGUGUGUAUAUAUAUACUGUAAAUGUGUGUGCAGAGGCACAUUUGAGUUGGCCUUAUAAUGGUAGGCUACGUGACAGACAAAGCUAACCUAUAAACUACUAUUUAAGUUCACAUUAAAACCAUGUAAUGCAUUUUGCUCUAUACGGUUUUUGGCUACUGAUCCUUGCCUGUAAAGUCACUAUAGUUGACACGGAUGGUUUGUGCCUUAAACACCAUGAUACUGUACCCAUUAAAAACAGAGCUGUUUUGAGGGGGGCACUUAACGAUAGCGGAAUUUCACAUUAUAUUGCACUGACAUUUAAUGUCUAUGACAAUGCCACUCUCUACUACAUUAUUAUUAUUACUGUUGUUUUCAUUUUGCUUUGUUUUACAGAAAUAAAGCAGAAUGUGUUAUGUAGUAAGACAUUGCGUAAUGCUGAUAUCUUUCCUUAUCCUGCAUGUUAUAGCACAACACUUGCUUCUUUUCCCACGGAGCUAUGUGUGCGGCACUGGCACUUUUAGCUGUGGUACUUGGUUGUAAUUACUGUUUUGUGCAACUACCGCAACUUCUGUCUGGCACAGACUGCAGACCGUUGACAGGCACCAAAAAUAUAUUUUCUGGGGGACAGGUUAGCAGGGAGGUGUGAGGUGAGAGCUCAAAUUCCUCCCUGGGCUGCGCUGUGUGGAGGAGUAGCCUAUCAUAUCUCUCCCACUGCUCUCAGGCAAUUUAUAUGCGCUCAUCUGCAGCAGUAGUAACUGCCAAAUGUGCUUCCAGUUACAUUAACAUACGGUCGUGUGCCAGAAGCAAGAAAUACUUAGGCAGUUUUGUUUAUGCUAUACAACAUGACUUGGUCGUGAGUAACUCAAGUCGAGAGAACUUUCUAAGCAUUCAGUAAUGACUGAUUUUGACCGUUUAUAUUUUAUAUUUUAGGCACUUAUCUGUAGUUGCAUGAAAAGUUUCUAAUGGCAUAUGACGUGAGACACGAGACGUGUCAGCAUUAACUGCAAGUUAGUAGAGUAUGACAGGCCUAUUACAAAGUUGAAACCAUGGCACAUCACACCACUGGUGUUGGAAUUACAGCUGUAAGAGUAUUUCUACUUCUAAUUUAUACAACUGUUACUGAUUUGCAGUUACUACUUACUCUGCCAGCACUCGCAGGCAUUUCCAUGUGCUCAUCCGCA